GAACUAAUCAAAACACCUAAUCAAAUAUACAUACAAGUAAAGCAAGAAGUGGGCGGUGAUGACAAUAAUAAACUGUCAGAAAUCAUAGAAGCUGAGAAGAAGGAUUGGGACAAGCAUUCCAUCUACAAACUCCCACAUUGUGUGACCGACCUAAACGAGAAGGCCUACAAGCCUAGGGCCAUCUCGUUCGGUCCGUACCAUCACGGGGAGCCCAACUUAGCGGCAAUGGAAGCUCACAAAAGUAGAGCCCUGAUUCGGUUCCUGAAUCGAUCCCGGAAAUGCAUGGACUACUACAUUCACGUGUUGGAAGGCGCGGUGGUGGAGGAUUUGAUGGAUGCAUAUGAUGGUUUGGAUCCGAAAUGGAGAGAGGAUCCGAAAGGGUUCUUGAGGAUGAUGAUACGGGAUGGAUGUUUCAUGCUGGAACUGUUGAGGGCGUCGUCGGCGUUGUCGUCGUCUUUUGGAAAUGAUAUUGGGGGACAAGGAGGAGGAUAUGCAGACAACGAUCCAAUUUUCAGUAACCACGGGAAGCUCCAUAUGAUGCCUUACAUCAAGCGGGAUAUGUUGAUGCUUGAGAAUCAGCUCCCAAUGUUGCUGUUGACCACCUUGCUUUCGGAAGAAGAAGAGAUGAUCGACGAAAAGGUCGACGAGAAAGUGAACAAACUGAUUGUGGAGUUUUGUUCGCUGGACAAACAGUGCUACUUGGAGUUGGGGAAAUGCAAGCACGUUCUGGAUGUGUACCGCAAGGUAUUAUUAGGGGAUGAUAACCAUCCCAAGCUCGCAAAACUGCUGGCGUCGUCUUGGCUGCCAGAACGACCCACCACCGGUGACGACAUCCUCCCGUCGGCAACGCAUCUCUACGAAGCCGGGAUUUCCAUCCAAAAGAGCGGCACCGAGAGCAUCAGGGACAUUUCCUUCCACGCGGGCAUCUUCAACGGCGUCCUCAGGAUUCCUCCGCUGAUCGUCGACGACAUCACGGAACCCUUGUUCCUGAACCUGAUGGCGUUCGAGAGGUUCCACGUGGGAAUAGGGAAUGACGUGACCUCUUACAUAUCGUUCAUGGUGGACCUCAUCGACGACGAGCGGGACGUCAGCCAUUUGCAUUUCCGGGAGAUCAUUCUGAACGCCUGCGGCAGCGGAAGGGCGGCCGCCAAAUUGAUCAACUCACUGGGCAAAGAUAUAUCCCUGGAUCCCGACAGCCCGCUGUUUUCAGAGCGAAGCAAAGCCAGGAACUAUUGCAAGCGGCGUUGGAAUCGGUGGCGGGGGAAUCUGGUGCAUACUUAUUUUAAGAGUCCCUGGACCGCCAUCUCUUUGAUUGCUGCCAUCUUGCUCUUCGGUCUCACCUUCUUCGAUGUUUUAUUCAACAACAUCAUCUUCAAUAAACAACAAUCAUGACACACAUUGUAUACGUUCCUACCUACUUCACUUACCCCUAGGUGAAAUUUGCUUUCUUUUUUUUUAUCAAAUAAAUGCACCAGAUCAUACAAGCGCUAAUGCUUCGAAUCCCCUCAAAGCUACAAAGUUAAGC